CUUCAGAGCUGGUCAGACUAUGGCCUUUGGAAGGAUUACACAAAAGGACUGGUACAAAAUCCUGGAUGCGAAGCCAUCGGACAGUCUGGCAGAAUUGAAGCGAAAGUACCAAAAACUUGCUUUGCUGUAUCAUCCAGACAAACAGAAGGCAGAUGUGCCAGCAGGAGAAGUGGAGGAGCGUGUGCAGAGGUUCAUCGAAAUUGAUCAAGCGUGGAAAAUUCUAGGGAACGAAGAGACAAAAAAAGAGUAUGACCUGCAGCAGCGUGAAGACAAUCUGACAAAAGAGUGGCCACUACAUGCACAAAUUUAUCUUGAGGAUAUGUCCUGGAAUGAAGAUGAACAAUGUUAUACUCUCUCAUGUCGAUGUGGUGGGAAUUACACUGUCUUCAAGAGUGAAACCAAAGAUGUUUCUUUGGUUUGUUGUGACACGUGUUCACUUGUUAUUGAGAUCCUUCAAUGAUUGUUUCAAUCAAGCCCAGUAAGAGUUACAAACUUUUAAAAAGACUGGACAAACACAGGGUACAGCAU